AUAGGACUAUCUAGCCAUGGAUGUGUGGUGCUCCACAACUCUGUAAAAUCAAUACAGUGUGCCGUUUUACAUAAAUUGGGCAACUCACUUGAAAUAAAACAUGGAUGCUAACAAAUACAUACAUACAUACCAUAAUUUUUUUUCAUUUUCAGUUCCCCUGGUUCACCAUAAUGCAAUAUAAAAAUAAUUAAAGCUGCAAGCAGCGUCGUUCGGCCCUCGCAGCGAAGCUGCUCGCCCUCCGUCCGCACCCCCUCCGCUCCAUGCCCGACACUCUCCAAACCCAGCUCCGUACCGCUCCUUCCUGGCCGACAGCCAGGGGCACCAGGGCACGUCUGGCAGAACAGCAACGUCAACCACCCCGACACCAGAAACUGUGAACGGCCUCCUCAUCCACACCUCACCCUGACUCAGCAUCCCCUCUGAGCCCAGCAUUACAUGUCUCACCACUAGGAGAUACUCUAUCUUUACCACACUGGUGAUGUGAUGUUCAGUCUAGGGCAAAUCGGAGGCUGUUUGUGGAAGUUACAGUCAAACGUAAGGUCACGGCGUAUUCCAGAAUUCGCCAUGGCAUCAAAGCCCCUCCCUUUCUGAAAAGUUAUCAGAUCUGAAUGGUCAUUACAACAUCAUGAAGACAGUGCAUGACCUUAGUGUCAUGUUGACUAAAUUAGAGGGGACAAAUAUGGGCAGUUCACCAUAAAACAGCAGGCUUCCUGUAGUCAGGGGGCGGGGCUUAGGUGAUGUCAGCUGUCCACAUUGUCAUUGUCUUGAGAUGUGGUCAAUGAUCACACAGACAAAGUUUGAUAUAGAUCUGAUCAUGCACAUGGGAGUUGUUAAGUCAAGUAAUGUAAUGGCGAAAGGUCAAAGUUUGAGGCUUAGCCACGCCCACACCUUUAAACUUAUUUAAAAUCCGACGGUUGAAUUUUUUCCUCUAUGUCUUAAGAGUAUAUAGCAGGAGUUUGAAGGUGAUCGGUGGAAAGGGCGACGAGACAUCAUUCUCCUAAUAACGUGUGCGAAAACCACUAAAUCGAGUACUUGGACCAAAAUGGCCGACCUCCUGUGCGACAUUGCGCUUGGCUCCAAGAGACUUUUUUGUAAGUCCGGAGACACUACAUUAGUGUGCCAAAUUUCGUACUCCUCAGUCAAAGCAUGGCUUGGGGCUGAGGGUUUUAAUGGUCCUAGGGGGCGCUAUUUCAGAAUAUAGGCCACGCCCACAAACUUCAGCUGUCCAAUUCUAUUAGGGGUUAGAGUAAGAUCACUCAUCAGAAAUUGUGUGGCGGUGUCACAAUGAUUGAAGAAAUGAGAGACAAACGUAUUUCCAUGGCGUGAUGGCGAAUUUCGCCAUGCUCCCAAAGCCCCGCCUUUAUUCGAAACCUGCCAGUACUAUAGACCAAGUGACCUCAACUUGUCUGCUGCUAUUUGCCAGUGAUUGCUGGUGAUUGGUUAAAAGGAGUCUAAUAGGGAGCUGUGAAAAGAAAGAGUGGCGUGGCGACAGGUCAAAGUUUGAGGCUUAGCCACGCCCACACCUUUAUACUUAUUUAAAAUCCGUAGGUUGAAUUUUUUCCCCUUUGACUUAAGAGUCUAUAGUAGAAGUUUGAAGGUGAUUGGUGAAAAGGGCGAUGGUGCAACACUCUCCAAACUACGUGUGCGAAAACCACUAAAUCGAGUAUUUGGACUAAAAUGGCCGACUUCCUGUGCGACUUGGCGCUAGGCUCCAAGAGACUUUUUUGUAGGUCCUGAGACACCACAUAAGUGUACCAAAUUUCGUACUCCUCCGUCAAAGCUUGGCUUGGGACUGACAGUUUUAAUGGGCGUAGGGGGCGCUAUUUCAGAAAAUAGGCCACGCCCACCGGAUGUUCACAUCAGAUUCUUUUGGGGGCCGGACUAGGAUCAUUCCCAAGGAGUGUCGUGGCGAUAUCUCUAGAAAUGACUAAAUGGAAGGCAAACGUAAGGCCACGUCGGUACGCCUGACUUCGCCGCGCCGCCACAGCCCAGCCUUCUGCAGAAAACUCCCAUAAAGUGACGCCAAGCAACCCCAACUUGUCUUCAGUUACCUGCUACAAAUUUGGGAUGAUUAUUUGAAAGGGCGAAUUUUGGAAAAUUUCCCAGUAAAACUUGACCUUUUAAGUCCUGAGGGGGCGGGGCUUAUGUGACAUCAUCAAUCGACCAUUCAUUUGUCUUCGGGGGGCGAUGACGAUUGUCCAUAGAAAGUUUCUUUAACUGUAGUCCUUUCAUUUAUGAAAUUAUAGCAAUUUGAAUUUUUUUGGCAAGUGCUCGAAAUUUGAGGCCUGGUCCCGCCCCUUCAGAAUUUACGAAAAGUCAAUUUUAUUUUCUCAUUUUAAUCGUCCAUCGCUUCUGUUCGAUCGCACACUAUUUUUUAGACCAUCGUACGAAAAAUGACCAAACUGUUCAACCAAAUGUAGACCCUAGAAAUGGCCAAAAUGGGGUCAAAAUGGCCAAUUUAGUCCAAAAUGGCCGACUUCCUGUUUGAUAUUGACCAUGGGUGCAAGAGGCUUUUCUGUGCGUAUUGUUGAGUUCUACAAGUGUACCAAAUUUCAUCACUCUACUUUGAAAAAAGGUCAAAGCGGAGGGGUAUUUUUAAUUUUCCAGGGGGCGCUGUCGAAACAUUUUUUUACCAACUUUCACGUUGCCAGUGAAAUAUGUAAAUUUCACGCACUUUCUAUAUUGGGCCAGAUUUUGGUGAGUUUUUGGAUAUGCUAAGACCCCCUAAAGGCCACCCAAAGACGUGGAAGAAAAAGAAAGAAAUAAUAAGAAACGGAGCAGAUACAAUAGGCCUUCGCAGCUUCACUGCUCGGGCCUAAAUAUGUUCAUUUAUAACAUAUAUUAAACCCACAUUUUUCAUGAUUAGACAGAAGCAGUUAGAGGGAUGAUUUGUUUAUUGGUAGGCUAGGAGGAUGGUUCUGUCACUGAUAACUUAUAUCCUUUUAAGAGUCUCCUCCGGCGGUUUGUGAAGCAAGAACUCCUGCAAGAUGCCACUCCCCUGAGGCUGACCAAAAUUGACGUUGAAAUAGAAAUAAGUUCCUCAAGCUGAUAACCAAUAACUAAUCUCUCUGAGGACACGGUGCUUGUGCACUCUCCUACAACACCUUGACAUGACUAAAUACAUAUUAUGCAACAUUUUGUGAACAUCAAUUUAUUUGCAUUUAUUUGUUAUAAAUGCCACUGUAUAAUUCUUGCUGUCAGUAUUUGCAAGAUAUUGGUAUUUGGGUCUGUACUGGUUAGACUUAAAUGAGUUAAACCAAGGUCUAUAGCCCUUUGGUCAUAGACUAUGAGCUAUAAGUAUAUUGGUCUUUUUAUACUGGGAAUCAGGAGUUAUUUUAGUGAUCAUCUUGUUUCUUAUUUAUUUUUGUCCUGAUUGUGCCCUGAGCAAUUUUAUGACUGAAUAAAAACAAAUAAAUUCAACAUAAAUUGAAAAAUCGUCCUAAAUAAUUGAGAUCUCAAUUUCAGUCACCAUAAUCGUGAUUAUUAUUUUUGCCAUAAUCGAGCAGCCCUAAUUAUAUCACCUGCAGUUGAAAAAACCCUCUCAGACGCGACACUGGUCCCAGGGACACAGAGAUAUCGCUUAGCCAUGCGAGCCAAAAGAGGAUACUCUUUUUCAUUCUCUCUCCACCAGACCAGAGGAUUGUCCUGCAGUCCUGCAGGUCUCCUCGCCCUGUACCUCUUGAUAUCAUCUUCUGCCACCUCUGCAAAAGAUUUUUUUGCAUGUCCCCUCUCCUCUCUUGGUAUGUAGGCUUCCCCAAGGAGAGACUCCAAAGCACUGGAUUGCUUGGGGUUAUGUGCAGGGGGGUUGUUUUCCUCCUCUUGCUCCAUUUCAUCAACUUCAUCCUGCUGCACGAGAGAAGAAAUACUUAUAUGUGCUGUUGUGCAACAAUAGGCUUCGGUUUGGCUAUGAAUAACUUAACAUAACAUAAAUCUGUCAUUUUGAUCUAAACUAUCAAGUCAGACAAGCACUUGGAUAUCAGGAAAAGUGUUCAGUCUUGGUUCUUAGAGUUGAGUAUUUUUUGAAGGUUACAAUAAAGUCCCAUUAGUUGUCACACACACAGGUGUGUGUGCAAAAUUUGUUCUCCGCAUUUGACCCAUCCCCUGGGGGAGCGGUAACCUUCCAAUCCAACCCCUUAAUGCUGAGUGUCAAGCAGGGAGGCAUUGGGUCCCAUUUUUUUCAAAGUCUUUGGUAUGACCCGACCAGGAAUCGAACCCCUGAUCUCCCAGUCUCAGGGCGGACACUCUACCACUAGGCCACUGAGAAAGGUUAGCUUAUUGCCUUGUGUAUUUAAGUGUAAUCUUAUUAUUUUUCUUUUUCUCCAAGGAUAUGUGCUGCUGUAGCGAAUUAAUUUCCCCCCUGUGUGAUUAAUCGGAGUAUAUUCUGUUAUCUAUGAAUACCUGCCUGCUCAGACUGAGAUUUAAAAUAUGAUAAAAUAUUUAAAAAAUAAAAAUAUGUUUCUGAACAGUAAGAAACUGCACAUUUAUAAUUGGAAUAAACACAAACAACUUCUCCCUGAUAGGUAAGAGUUUAACAAUUAAACAUUUCAGUUAAUAAACUUCUAUCAACAAACUCACUAACCUAGUAACACUCAACUAAGAUACUACUACUAAGUAAAUAUGAAAGACUAAAUGAAAACUAAAAUGAAAAAUAUACAAAUAAGAAUAAAACCAAUAACAUGUUGUGAAAACCAGGUUUAAUAGAAUGAUUUCAGAAAAUAGGCAACAUUAGCUUUCAACUAAUUCAGAUCAGACUUCACCAAAAUAUGUAAUGUGUGUGUGAGAGAGAGAUAAAUUACAUGGUAGUAUUUGCUUGGAUUUUUUUUUUCACAAGGCUUCUUCUUACUUACAUUAGAUGCUUCUUCCUCCAUCCCACCCACUGCUUCAGCCUGGAGCCUGGAGAAGGUGUGCUCUCGCUCCUCCUCACACAGAAAUGGCAGGGCUUUGAAGCGUGGAUCAACAGAUGAGGCGGCAUGCAGCAUGGCCGUCUGAUUCACAUACCUGAAAUAUAAAUGUCACACAUUUAAAUCUAUGCAAUUAGGGAGAUAAUAUUUUCUUAAAUUGUUUCAUUAAAUACACAAUAUAACCUAUUUUCUCUCACACACAUACAAAAUAGGCCUACCUUGUUCUCAGGUUUUUCUUGAUCUCAUUCUUCAUAUCCUUAACAACUUUGGAGUCUUCUGGGAGGCUGGUCAUCUCCUUCAGCAGCAGAGCACGCAGGGGUGCCAUCACUGAGAGGAUUGGUGACUUUUCUUCUGACAUGACUUCAGUAGCUUUUUUCAUUGGCUUCAGAGCUCUGACCACGUCUUCAGCAUCAGUUAUGUCUUCCUCUUUCAGACUGCACAAAUCUUUUUCAUUUCUGCGGACUUCAGGUGAGAGCAGAGCAGCAGAGAUAGCAGGCUGCUGCUCCAGAAAACGUUCGAGCAUUUCCAGUGCACUAUUCCAUCUGGUCACAACAUCAAUUGUGAGCUUGUGUUGUUUAAGCUGCAAUAGUUUCUGCUUUUCUUUCAAGAUGCGGCUAGCUGUUGUGCUGCGAUGGAAGAACGUUACAAUGUGCCUCACUCUCCCAAGCAGGCGUGCAAUAUUUGGGAGUUUGAGACCGGUUUGCGAGAACUUCCACAGCAUCAUGCCUGGGAAAACAAGAUGGCUCUAACUGACCGGCAGCUCUCUAAACAGAAAUGGACCUCCAGUUUGGACCAGAAGGAACCAGAACCUCCACUGAUGAAAGAGGAACAACAAGAACUCCUUAUCCAUCAGCAUGAAGGGCAGUUCCUUCUGAAGCAGGAAGUUGUUACCUUCAUGGAGACUUCUUCUGAAGAAACAGACUGUCAUGAACCAGAACCAAACAAGAACCAACCCUUGUGUCAGAGUACUACAGAAGCUGUGAACCAAGAUCAGGGUGGAUGCAGGAAAGAAAACUCAAAAACAAACAGCAAUGAAGAACUGACACGUAAUAAAAUAUGCCAAUCCAAAGAUCACAGAGACAGUGUAGAUGAUAAAAAACAAAAAAGGCACAUGAGAACUCACACAGGUAAGAAGCCAUAUCCAUGUGAAACUUGUGGUAAAUGUUUUAUUGUCAGAGGUCACUUGACUACACACAUGAGAACUCACACAGGUGAGAAGCCAUAUUCGUGUAAAACUUGUGGUAAAUGUUUUAUUGUCAGAGGUCACUUGACUACACACAUGAGAACUCACACAGGUGAGAAGCCAUAUUCGUGUAAAACUUGUGGUAAAUGUUUUAGUGACAGUAGUUCCUUGACUAGACACAUGAGAAUUCACACAGGUGAGAAGCCAUAUUCAUGUAAAACUUGUGGUAAAUGUUUUAGUGACGGUGGUUCCUUGACUAGACACAUGAGAACUCACACAGGUAAGAAGCUAUAUCCAUGUAAAACUUGUGGUAAAUGUUUUAGUGUCAGAGGUCACUUGACUAAACACAUGAGAACUCACACAGGUAAGAAGCCAUAUUCAUGUAAAACUUGUGGUAAAUGUUUUAGUGUCUUUAGUUCCUUGACUAGACACAUGAGAACUCACACAGGUGAGAAGCCAUAUUCGUGUAAAACUUGUGGUAAAUGUUUUAGUGUCAGUAGUUCCUUGACUAAACACAUGAGAACUCACACAGGUGAGAAGCCAUAUUUGUGUAAAACUUGUGGUAAAUGUUUUAGUGUCAGUAGUUCCUUGACUAGACACAUGAGAACUCACAUUAUAUCAUUGAAUUUCUAAAGCCUCAUACUCCAACCCGAGCCCUCAGGUCCACAAACUAGAACCUUCUAGAAUUUCCAAAGACCAAUUAUAGAAGUCCAGGUGAUGGCUCCUUCCAGACUGUUGCACCCUGACAUUGGAGUGGUCCUCCUUUUAGCCUUACGUAGUCUUGACAGUCUGGACACUUUAAAAAAAAAAACAGCAGAAGACCCUUUCAUUUAAAGCUGCUGUUUCUAAAUAUUGUAUUUUCUUAUUGUUAACUUAAAUUUGUAAUCAUCUUUCCUUUGUUUAAUGGUAUUUUAUAAAUAUGUGACUUAGAUUUUUAUUUCUAUUUUAAGAUCACUAUGAUUUUAUGACUUAAUGAUUUGUUUUGAUCUAUGUGAAACACCAUGUGAUUUUCUGUCUGUGAUGAGUGCUAUAUAAAUAAAAUGUACAUACAUGGGAAAAGCCA